CUGGAUUCAGGUGCCAUGGAUUCUGCAGGGUCUGGGUGUGGCCCUCAUUAUGACCUCGCUGGUGAUGUUGGCUCUAAUAAGUGCUGGUGUCACAAAGGGCUCUUGCGCGGCUCUCCUAUAAAAGCCGGGCAGCCGCCCCCAGCCCUCAGCCAGAACCACCAUGGCCCGCUACCGCCGGCGUUCCCGCAGGAGCCGCAGCCGGAGCCGCCGCCGCUCCCGCCGUCGGGGUGCGCGGAGGAGGCGGCGGGCUGGAUCCCGCCGCUCGAGAUACCGCCGGCGCCGCCGGGGCGGCAGGAGGCGCAGACGCCGCUGAGCCGAGCUCAGGGCCUCGGCCUUACAGAGCCAGAGCAACCAGAGCGCGGCCCUGACGCGGGCCUGGCUCUGCCAAUAAAGCACAGCAAGCUCCCAUCAGAUGAGGGUGUCAAUGGUCCCUGGUGUCCCUUUGCGCCGGCAGCGACUCACUCAGGGUGUGCCCGGGCCCGCGUCUCUGCUCGCCCGGGCUGUCCCUGGCUCGGGAGAGCCCCCUGGACCCCACUCGGGAGUGCUCCGCUGGGGAUCGGGCCUCUCACAACCGGGACCCUAUGCUGUGAGUGCAUCCCUUGGGACCCAGACCACUCCAAAGCUUUGUCUUCACCUGUGCCAAGAGUGACACGCGGGACACGUUUCUGCCAGUUCAGCAUGUGCAGAGCUGAACUUCCAGUGGCCUUUCUGUUCAAAGCCUUCCGGAGGCAGAAAGGGGGCUGGGGUGAGAGGGAAUGUCAGCAAGUGGCAGCUUAAGUAUUCAAGAAAAGAAAGGACCAGAAAAAAAGUAGCUUCAGCUAUGAUGGUUACAACUGGCAAUCGAAAGAUUCUUGAGAGAUGAGUUGUUGGAACCUUGCAUGUCUCCCUACAAUACUCCUAUUUUACCAAUCAGAAAGUCAGAUGAGACUUACAGAUUACUUCAAGAUUUAAGAGACUUGAAUAAGCUCAUCCAGCAGAGAACAGUAGGGAUAUAUUUGCUUUUGAGAAGAAAAUCCUAUCACAGGAAGGAAGCAGCAGGAAGGAAGCAGCUGGACUUCCUUACGCCAGGGGUUUACAGAGUCUCCAGAUUGUUUGGACAAAUCCUAGAAAAAGUUCUUGAGGAAUUCAGAACACCCCCAGGGGUUAGGUUACUAAAAUAUGUAGAUGAUUUACUGGUAUCAGGGGAGGGAAAAGAAGAAGUUUGCGAUGCCACUGUCCGGUCAUUAAACUUCCUGGGAGGGAAAGGACUAAGGGUCUCUAACACUAAAUUACAGUUUGUGGAAAAAGAAGUAAAAUAUCUCCGGCAUUUAACAAGUGAAGGGUGAAAGAGGAUAACCCCAGAAUGCAUUUCUGGCAUUGUUGCCAUGCACCUUCCUAGAACCAAAUGAGAAACAAGAAAGUUCUUCGGCUUGCUUGGAUAUUGUCGAUUAUGGAUGGAGAACUUUACCCAGCAUGCUAAGUUCCUAUAUGAAAAAUUACAAGAAGAGGGAGAAAAACUUCAGUGGACUAGAGAUCAGCAGCAACAGUUUGAGGAUAUAAAGGAGAAACUGAUCCAAGCACCUGUUCUGGCACUCCCCUUCUUGGAGAAACUCUUCCACUUGUAUAUCAAUGUGGAAGAAGGAAUGGCUUAAGGAGUCUUGACUCGGAUAUGGGGAGGCCAGAAAAGACCCAUAGCUUACCUUUUGAAAAUGUUAGACCCGGUAUUGCGGGGAUGGCUGACCUGUGUCCAGGCAGUAGCUGCUACAGCCUUACUAGUGGAAGAAAGCAGAAAAUUAACUUUUGGAGGUGCUUUAAUUGUGUCCACUCCACGUGCAAUUAGAACAGUCUGAGUCAGAAGUCUGGGAGGUGGUUGACAGACUUAAGAGCCCUGAAAUAUGAGACCAUUUUAAUGAAAAAGGACAACUUAGUAUUAGCUAGAGAUAAGAAGGUAAAUCCCUCUCAGUUCCUGUGUGGGAGGGCAGAAUCAGAAAUCCCUGAACAUGACUGUCUAGACAUUCUAGAAUACCAAACUAGACAUUCUAGAAUACCAAACUAGAGUCAGAGAGGAUUUACAGGAAACCCCCUUAGUUGAUGGAAAGAGAAUUUGUAGUGACAGGUCGUCCCGAUGUAUAAAUGGGAAGCGACAUAAUGGUUAUGCCACUGGGGAGCCCAACAGCUGGUCGGCCCAGACAUGUGAAUUAUAUGCAUUAAAGUGAGCCUUGGAGUUACUUAGAGGAGAGAGAGGAACAAUUUCUGCCGAUUCUAAGUGUGUUUUUGGAGUAGUACACGCUUUUGGGAAAAUAUGGAAGGAACAGGCAUUAAUUUCCUCUAGAGGGAAGGAAUCAGUACAUGAGCAGGUAGUCCUGGAAGUUUUGGAAGCUCUUGAUCUACCUGAGACUGUUUCUGUAGUCCCUGUAAUGGGACAUCAGAAAGGAGAGACUCUGGAAAUAAGGGAAAAUCAUUUGGCUGAUAAACUAGCUAAGGAGGCUGCAAGGGAGGAAGAAACCAAAAUGCUGGCCUUGAUACGUAGCAGCAAAACAGGGAAUGUAAAACUUCCAUUGUUUAUGAAGGAAGAAGAAGAACUCUUACAAAAAAUGGGAGGUGUGAAAACCCAGGAAGGCAGGUGGUUUUUACCAGACGGAAGGCAAAUACUGAACAAAGCAAUUACUAGAGAAAUAUUAAUUAAGUUACACCAAGAAACACCCUGGGGAACCCAAGCAUUACGUGACCCAUUUCUAAGAACCUAUGGCUGGGUAGGAGUAUGUUCACUAGCAAAACAAGUGACUGAACGAGGUUUGGUUUGCCCAAGGGUACAUAAGAAAGUGAUGAGAAAAGCCCCUAGUGGAGGAAGAACCGUAUCUAACAGCGGAGGAAGAGAAAUCAGAGUGGGAAAGGUUCCAAAAGUGGAGAGAAGUUUAUGGAAGUUGAGACGACAUUGCUGAGUUGACUUCAAGGACUUUAGAAUGUUUAUAAAACUGUUAAUGCAUGCAUACACUGAUGUACCCCAUUCAUUCCUAUUGCCCAGACAUGUUCAGACUUGUUCACCCCUUGUUCCCCUGUUCCUCCCUCUGAUUGGCUAGGAUUUGCUGCAGUGUGGAGUGACUUGUUAUUGGUCCCCGGUUGUUUCAUUUUCCCUCCUACCUUCACUGGCUUGUCCUCUGUUUUGUUCUCUCACCUGUCAAUCCCAUGCUCCACCUAUCUUUCCAGUACCUUCCCCCUGAACCCUAUAAAAGCAGGCACCCUCCUUCAAUAAACUUGCAAUAGCCUCAGACCUUC